ACGUGCUGCCCUGCACCCGCAGCCAUGUGCCGGACCCUGUCCGCCUUCCCCACCACCUGCCUGGAGAGAGCCAAAGAGUUCAAGACACGGCUGGGGAUCUUUCUUCACAAGUCAGAACUGGGCUCCGGUACUGGGAGUGUUGGCAAGUUCGAGUGGGACAGUAAACACAGCAAAGAGGGCAAAAACUUCUCAGAAGACGUGCUGGGGUGGAAAGAGUCAUUUGACUUGCUGCUGAGCAGUAAAAAUGGAGUGGCCGCCUUCCACGCCUUCCUGAAGACAGAGUUCAGCGAGGAGAACCUGGAGUUCUGGCUGGCCUGUGAGGAGUUCAAGAAGCUCCGGUCAGCUACCAAGCUGGGCUCCCGGGCUCACAGGAUCUUUGAGGAAUUCAUCUGCAGUGAAGCCCCCAAAGAGGUGAACAUAGACCACGAGACCAGGGAGCUGACCAGGACGAACCUGCGGACGCCCACGGCCAUGUGCUUCAACGUGGCUCAGGGGAAGACGCGCACCCUGAUGGAGAAGGACUCGUACCCGCGCUUCCUGAAGUCCCCAGCUUAUCUGGACCUAGCUGCCCAAGCCACGGCCGCCUCCGCCUCCGCCUCCGUGUCCGAGCCCUCGCAUACCUGAGCCUCCGGGCUGGGAGGGGGCCAGCCGGGCAGAGAGGUUGGGUCACCCAUAGCUGAGGCUCCGCCCCCGUGCGGGAGGGGGCGGGUUCUGCAAAGCCAGAGAGGACAGCGAAGGGAAACGCCCACCCGGUGACACCCUCUCCUCCAGACACUGCGGGACUGGGACUGAAUUGCGUGCGCGAGAGGGUUCCCCCACUUC